CACCUCCUGCAAUAAAGGAGUCCAGGGCUAACUGGUCUUUCUCUUCUGAAUGAUGGCGCUUACCGUCUCUAUCCUCAGGCUGUUCGUCUGCAUCCUGGCAUUUCCCAUGUUCCUGCUGAACUUUCUGGGCUUGUGGAACCAGAUAUGCAAAAAAUGGUUCCCCUACUUCAUGUUGAGGUGCUCCGUGAUGUACAACCAGCAGAUGGCCAGCAAGAAGCGGGAGCUCUUCAGCAACCUGCAGGACUUCGUGGGCCCUUCCGGGAAACUCUCCCUGCUGGAGAUAGGCUGCGGCACCGGGGCCAACUUCAAGUUCUACCCACCCGGAUGCAGCGUGACUUGUAGUGACCCCAACCCCAACUUUGAGAAGUUCUUGAUCAAGAGUGUGGCGGAAAACCGACACCUGCAGUUCGAGCGCUUCGUGGUGGCUGCGGGGGAAAACAUGCCUCAGGUGGCCGAUGGCUCCAUGGACGUGGUGGUCUGCACCCUGGUGCUGUGCUCCGUGGAGAGCCAGGAGCGCAUCCUCCAGGAGGUGCGCAGAGUGCUGAGGCCGGGAGGGGCUUUCUACUUCCUGGAGCAUGUAGCAGCAGAGAGCUCAACUUGGAAUCACUUCUGGCAACAAAUCCUGCAUCCUUCCUGGUACCUGCUGUUUGACAGAUGCCACCUGACCAGAGAGAGCUGGAAGGUGCUGGAGCAGGCAGCCUUCUCCGAGCUCAAGCUGCAGCACUUCCAGGCGCCGCUGUCCUGGAAGCUGAUUCGCCCCCACAUCUGUGGCUACGCUGUGAAGUAGCCCCAGUGGGGAGUAGAGAGCUGAACGGCUCAUGGCUUCAGGCUACACUUUUACACUUAAAAUACUAAUUGGAAGAAAGGAAAUGUUUUGUUUUUUUUUUUAAAGUAAAGUUGCAUUUCAUCCCUAAGAAUUUAUGUUACAACUUCUUUAGCCAUUUUCUGUUGUCUCCCAGAGGAUCAAAACCAAACCAAAGCAAAACAGGGUUCUCCCUUAAAAGGAAAUGCUGGGGGGCACCUGGGGGGCUCAGUUGGUUAAGCGACUGCCUUCAGCUCAGAUCAUGAUUCCAGGGUCCUGGGAUC